CUUUCUAUUCCUCGUCUUUAUCAAUAAAAGAAAAUUUAUUUCUGGUCUUCGCCAGCAGAUUUAAGUUUUUGUCCGUUGGCAAUUAUAUGCUGUCGACCACCGGUUUUUCUUAAAUGCGAGUCGGCUAAAGUUGUAUUUUUAUAACGUUCAGCUAAAAUUUGGUCUGUGAUCUGUGAGGCGAAAGAAGAAAGAAAAAAAUUUCUGCUUCAGAAUAAUACAAUGGAAAUAUUUUGGCUGAGCGCAAUAGCAAUUUUUACAGUGGGAUUCUUGCUGAUGAAGAAGAAGAGAAAAAAUGGUUGUGACCUGCUACCGCCUGGAAAUCUCGGGCAGCCUCUGGUGGGUGAAACAAUUCGGUUUCUUCAAGCUUUCAAGAGAAAUAAAAUUGAUGAGUUUCUUCGUCAAAGGGUAAUGGCGUAUGGACCAGUUUUUAAAACAUGUUUGUUCGGGCAGCCCACUGUAGUGAUGACGGGUCCAGCAGGUAAUCGCUUCUGGCUGGUUAAUGACGGAAAACUUUUUCACGGCAACGCCCGUGGCCCUCACAGAGCCAUUAUCGGCCGUAAUUCAUUGCUUGACAAGAAUGGAGAAGAACACCGGCUUGUCCGUGCCGCUUUGAUGACUUUCUUUUCUCCCGAUUCGCUCAAGAAACUGGUCGGAAAAAUGGAUUCUGCCAUUCGACGGCACCUUGAUGAGUAUUGGGACGGAAAAGAGACGGUCCAUGCUGUUCAUUUGAUGAAAUUCACGGCGUUUUCCGUCACCUGUGACGUGCUUUUCAAUGUGCAGGAUAAGUUUCAGGUGGAGGAGCUUUGCGAGCUUUUUAAGGUGGCUACCGAUGGAAUCUAUAGUUUUCCGGUUCGUUUUCCGGGAAGUCGUUUGAAUCGUGCUCUGAAAGCGAGGUCUCAAAUCGAUCGCAUUUUGUCUGAGAUGAUAAUGCGGCGGAAGAAUGAUUUGAAAUCCGGCGGCCCUUCUGCUCGCCAAGAUUUGAUUUCGGCGCUGCUCAGCCUCACCAAGAAAGAUGGGAAGGUGCUUAGCGAUCAAGAAUUGAAAGAUAAUAUUGUGCUUCUUGUUAUUGCUGGCCAUGAGACUACGGCGAUGACGCUUGCUCUCAUGUGCAAGCUCCUUGCUGAAAAUCCUCUUUGCUUCGAUCGAAUAGACAAAGAAGCUGCAGACAUUGGUGUGGGAGAGCAACUUACAUGGGAGGAUGUUCAGCGCAUGAAGUAUCUGUGGAGUGUUGCUCAGGAAACGCUUCGUUUCAUUCCUCCUAUAUCAGGCAUUUUCAGAAGGGCCACGGCAGACAUUCAAUAUGGCAGAUACACCAUUCCAAAAGGAUGGGCGAUGUACUGGUCCAACUACUCAACAGUAUAUCGUGAGGAUUUGUUUCCAGAGGCACACAAGUUCGACCCCUCGCGCUUCCAAGGCUCGGGUGGCAUACGUCCUUACAGCUUCUUACCAUUUGGAGGAGGGCUGCGGAUGUGUCCAGGAAAUGAGUAUGCAAAACUGGAGAUAGUGAUAACAAUGCAUCAUCUGGUGAAAAGGUACAGGUGGUCUGCUCAGAUUCCAGAUGAACCCAUCAUUCGGAAUCCUCUCUGUGUUCCUGCCAUGGGACUGCCUCUCAAGCUUACUCCCGUUUUAAACAACUGAAGCUUUACGCUUCCAUGAAAUGGGCAGACAGUACGAUUUUCAUGAAUAUGUUUGUGAGAUGGUGUUUAAGUUUAAUUUACAAAGACAAUAGAUUCACAAGGGCGGCGGAGAUCCAAUCUCUUGUCAGUCCUUUUCUCAUAGAUUUGAUUAGAUACAUUGAGUUACACCUCUUUUGACCAAAAGAUCCAAAGAUUUCAUCAUUAGAGUCCAUGCUUAUCAAGAUUUGAGCAAAGAUAUUCAUAAUAAAAUACGGAAGUCAAUAAACAGUGAAGCGCUGGUUCAACACAAAAUAGUAUUUCGAAGAAAUAUCCCUCCUGAGAGUUGAACCCGUGACCUACUCGUAGGCUUUUUCACUACCAUCUAGUUAUGAAGCAUAGAGCAGUGCAAACAAAACUGAUCGCCAUGUUUUGACGAGCUCGUUUUUAGUGUUUUUUUUCUUUCUAAAGAAUAAUAGUGUUUUUUAUAUUUUAUUAUUUUUA